AUGGAUAAAUAUGAUCUACUGAAGCAGCACUGUGAACAGUGGGAGUCGUACCCCUGUAACUUGCUGAACCCAUGUCAGAGGCCAGAGGUCCUCAACAGUUAUCGCUUAUUUCUUGAAGCACCAAAAUCAAGGCUGUUUAAUGAGAAAAGCGAAGACAUACAUAUCAUAGAUCAAAGCGAUACUCUAAAAGGAUACAGUGAACAAGGGGUUGAGAGCCCCGCUGAUCUACGCAAGCACUUGCAGCAGAACCGAAAGGAUCCCCAGUUCUGUAUGGUCUUCAUUGGAUCGAACUCUUCGCGCGAUCGCUUGAAUUGCUCGCGUGAGAGUUAUUCAUUCUUGUCUUCUUUCUACCAGGUUGGAGCGAGCUUUGUGGACUUUUUGUCGUCCUUUGGUGUUAGUAGCGAGCCUCUUGACUACCAUAUGACAGGGUUUAACAGCUACGAUACUCUUGACGCGCCCGAGGACAAAAUUGCAAAGAUCCCGGAGCUCGGCCGGUCAGGUCGGGAGCAUACUGUGCAGUAUUUGCUGCGGUCGAUUGAGGAAUCAACUGAUCAUGAAGGGCAAGUCGUUUGGAACAUUCGGCAAAUGGCGGUCCACCAUAAAUACGACUUUGGCCAGGGAAAGACAUUUUGGCUGAAUAUCAAGGCCAAUAGUGUCAUGCAAGAGAGGAUCAAAACAGCCAUAGCAGAAGAAACGUCACCAAGCUCCGCUGUAGCCAAGGACUUACCGGGAUCCUUUGCAGCCACUCUGCUGACACAUCUCAUUCAUCUAGAGUGGUGUGACGAGUCAUGGCGGAAAUGCAUCAAUCACUUCGAGAUUGAGAUCCGAAAGGUACUGAAAAAGGCCAAGACAGCCCGGAUCGACAAGGACCCUAAUUUGAGAUUAAAAACUCUCAAGCGCAUAUUGACGAACAAGACUGAAGCUGCAGAAAGCCCAAACGCGCUGGCUCGAUGGGCUCAGAAACCCCUCAUCUCGUACUUUUCUCCAGCCAGUGAGAAGGGAACAUGUUCGUCUGCUGUGCAACCUGUGGCGUCCAACAAAGCGGGGCACCCAGCGAAUGAGGAGGACACUGGACUUGCCAAGCAGCUUGAAAGCCUGAUGGUCCUUGAGACAUUUUCAUUCAAGGAGUUCCAGCAUCUGCAUUUCUUGGCCGACCAGUUGGAGAGUUUCCGCCUGGUGAUGCAGCUUAAUCGUCAGGCUCUUCGAGACAUCAUUGAGCACUAUGAGGAUCUAGCAAGUCGUACUAACUUUCCAGAGAAGAUCAAGAUCUCCUGUAAGAACGAACUGGCUUCGUUUUCUCGCCGCGUGGAGCGCAUCAGAAAGAAUCUGGAGAUACGGAUCACCCAGGUAGAAUCACUGCUAUCUAGCCUGCAGCAGGGCAAGGAUUUGUUCGAUGGCAUCUUACAGUACCGCAGUGUGCAGGUCAGCCGCAUCUUCACAGAGAGCUCGCACACGCAAUCGGAAAAGAUGGAGCGGAUCGCCUACAAGACUGAGAAGGAGACGAUCUCGAUGCAUGUUAUCACCUGCGUCACAUUAGCAUUUCUUCCUGGUACAUUUGUAGCUGCUUUCUUCCAGAGUGGGCUUGUCGAGAUCAAUCAGACUGCCACGGAUAUCCGGGCUGCGGUGACUUUCCAUCCGGGAGCAUUCAAGCUCUUCGCUGCCAUAUGCUUCCCUCUUAUGUGCCUUACUUUCAUCUUGUGGAUGUUUCUAUUCAAGUACCUUUCUGGUAGAGCACUAAAGCGGUCGAAAGAGGAGUCUUUGGGGAUUGUCUGA